UUGGGCACUCCAUUAUUCGCAUCACCUUCUCAUUUACCUCUACGAAAGAACUGCACUUUGAUGGUGGAGUCCUUUGCUUUCAUUUCCAUUUCAUUCUAGCUUUUGGGUUUUGUUUCCCACUCAGUUCUCAUUUUCGUUUCGAGCUCUCCCCCUCUGAAAAUGGCAGGAAACGGAAACGGACACGAAGAAUUCAGCUUCAACAACGGAGUCGUCGCGCGCAACGGACUGGCGAAGGUCCAGACGCACAAGAAACAGAGCGAGAUCUGUCACGACGACAGUACUACGCCUGUAAAGGCACAGACGAUCGAUGAACUUCACUCGCUUCAGAAGAAGAAAUCCGCGCCAACCACUCCCAUUAAAGGGUCUGAGGGAGCUUUUGCCACCAUUUCGGACGAAGAACGCCAGCAGCUACAGCUCCAGUCAAUCAGCGCAUCUUUGGCGUCCCUGACGAGAGAAACUGGACCAAAGGUCGUGAAAGGGGACCCAGCUAGAAAGACCGACACUACUCCAAAGUCGCACGUGACGCACCACCAUUUCACUCCGACGCUUAACAUCAGCGAUAGUGCCUUGAAGUUCACCCAUAUCCUCUACAAUCUCUCUCCUGGAGAGUUAUACGAGCAGGCAAUAAAGUACGAGCAUGGGUCGUUCAUUACAUCGAGCGGUGCCUUGGCGACCCUUUCUGGAGCCAAGACGGGCCGUUCUCCUAGAGACAAACGCGUCGUCAAGGAUGAGACCACCGAGGUCGAGCUCUGGUGGGGAAAGGGCUCACCCAACAUUGAGAUGGACGAGCAUACCUUCAUGGUGAACAGAGAGAGAGCUGUUGAUUACCUCAACUCUUUGGACAAGGUUUUUGUGAAUGAUCAAUUUCUGAAUUGGGACCCAGAGAACCGACUCAAAGUCCGGAUUGUGUCUGCCAGGGCUUAUCAUUCACUGUUCAUGCACAACAUGUGUAUCCGACCCACACCUGAAGAGCUGGAGAAUUUCGGUACUCCGGACUUCACUAUAUACAAUGCUGGGCAGUUCCCGUGUAAUCGAUUCACCCACUACAUGACAUCCUCUACUAGCGUAGAUCUUAAUCUUGCUAGGAGGGAAAUGGUCAUCCUCGGCACCCAGUACGCCGGGGAAAUGAAGAAGGGUCUUUUCAGUGUAAUGCACUAUCUCAUGCCUAAGCGUCAAAUCCUCUCCCUACAUUCCGGCUGCAACAUAGGCAAAGAUGGAGAUGUCGCCCUUUUCUUUGGAUUGUCAGGUACUGGGAAGACAACUCUGUCUACUGACCACAAUAGAUAUUUAAUUGGAGAUGAUGAACACUGUUGGGGUGACAAUGGCGUGUCAAACAUUGAGGGUGGUUGCUAUGCUAAGUGCAUUGAUCUCUCAAGGGAGAAAGAGCCUGAUAUCUUUAAUGCCAUCAAGUUUGGCACUGUGUUGGAAAAUGUGGUGUUCGAUGAGCACACACGCGAGGUUGAUUACACGGACAAGUCUGUUACAGAGAACACUCGUGCAUCCUAUCCCAUUGAGUAUAUCCCCAAUGCGAAGCUUCCAUGUGUUGGCCCUCACCCAAAGAAUGUCAUACUUCUGGCAUGUGAUGCAUUUGGUGUGCUCCCACCUGUGAGCAAACUGAACCUGGCACAGACCAUGUACCAUUUUAUCAGUGGCUACACUGCUCUGGUGGCGGGCACAGAGGAGGGUGUGAAGGAGCCACAAGCAACAUUCUCAGCUUGCUUUGGUGCUGCCUUUAUAAUGUUGCAUCCUACUAAGUAUGCGGCCAUGUUGGCCGAGAAGAUGCAGAAACAUGGGGCAACGGCAUGGCUGGUCAACACUGGUUGGUCAGGUGGAAGCUAUGGCUCAGGGAAGCGUAUUAAGUUGGCACACACCCGGAAAAUCAUUGAUGCCAUACACUCUGGAAGCCUUCUGAAGGCAAAUUAUAAGAAGACUCAAGUGUUUGGGCUUGAGAUCCCAACCGAGGUUGAGGGUGUGCCUUCAGAAAUCCUGGAUCCUGUGAACACUGUGAGUUGGCCUUUCUUGACCUCUUUUCACUACUGCUUAGUACUUAUAUUUAAUUUUCUUUUACUGAUGUACUUAAGUUUUGGAUUGCAGUGGACAGAUAAGAAGGCAUAUGAUGAAACACUGCUGAAGCUGGCUGGCCUAUUCAAGAAGAACUUUGAGGUAUUCGCUAACUACAAGAUUGGCAAGGACAACAAGCUGACUGAGGAGAUUGUUGCAGCUGGUCCAAUCUUCUGAUCUGGUCCUACCUUCUGAUCUUCAAUGGAAGAAAUAACAAAAUUAUCUGUGGGAGUUGCCGUAAAAAUGGUAGAAGAAAUAAGAAGACGUAGAUGUAUCAUUCAUCUAUUUCAGUUCAUAUGUAAGUACGUAGGUUAAUGCAGAAUGGGAGUUUGAAUUGGAAUUAAUAUUAAGUGGUCCUUUUGUUUGGUUAA